ACGAUGAAUCCGGGUGGUCGCAGACUGAAACAGUGGCUUAUAGAACAGAUCAACAGUAACAUCUAUAAUGGACUGCUAUGGGAGGAUGAGAACCGCACCAUGUUCAGAAUCCCCUGGAAACAUGCAGGAAAACAAGACUACAACCAGGAGGUGGAUGCGUCCAUCUUCAAAGCGUGGGCGAUAUUUAAAGGGAAGUUUAAGGAGGGGGAUAAAGCUGAACCAGCGACAUGGAAGACCAGAUUGCGCUGUGCACUCAACAAGAGCCCAGAUUUUGAGGAAGUUACUGACCGAUCCCAGCUUGACAUUUCUGAGCCUUACAAAGUGUACCGGAUUGUGCCAGAGGAGGAACAAAAGUUGGGUAAAGUCACAGUCUCUGCCCUUUCCGGCUGCAGCACUGAUACUGAAAAGGGCUGCUCACCAAACCUGGAUGAACUUCUUAAAGAGUCUCCAAAUGAUGAAUACAUGGGCAUCCUGAAGCGUAGUCAUUCUCCCCUUGAUGAAGGCAGUAACAUGCCUUCAGUGCAGGAAUGGUGGCAGCAGGGAUCUCACAAUGUUGCUGUUGUUCAUCAAGAUCCUGCGGGUACAUUCAAUGCUGCAUUCUCUCAGAUGAUGAUUUGUUUCUAUUAUGGAGGUCGGCUGGUGGGCAGCACGGUUACCACUCAUCCAGAGGGUUGCCGUAUCUCCCCCUGCCAGCCCGUUCUGGCUAGUGGCUUCUUGUAUGGACCAGACAGCCUCCAGAAUAUCCGCUUCCCAUCUGCUGAUCUCAUUGAGAACGAGCGUCAGCGUCACAUCACCCUUAAACUUUUCAGUCAUUUGGAGCGUGGCGUACUGCUGCGCGCUAACAGAGAGGGCAUUUUUAUCAAGCGUCUGUGCCAGAGCAGAGUGUUCUGGAGUGGCCAGGACCCUCAGUAUAACCCCAACCCCUGUAAACUGGAGCGAGAUGCUGUGGUGAAGAUCUUUGACACUGCCAGGUUUCUGCAAGUGCUGCAGUUAUAUCAGGAGGGUCAUUAUCAGUCUCUGGAGCCCACUGUCACACUCUGUUUUGGGGAAGAGUUUAAUGAUUUCAGCACUGUCAAGAGCAAAUUAAUCAUUGUGCAGAUCACAGCAUUGAACUGCCAGCAGUUGGUGGAUGCAGUGACCGCCCGGCGAUCCCAGUACAGCAGCGGGAAUCUGGAAAUCUCAGAUGACAUGGCCGGUGAUCAGAUGGCUCGAAUAUAUCAGGAUCUAUGCAGCUACCCAGUUCCCCAACGAGCUUCCUGUUUUAGGGACAACCUGCCGAUUCCAGUCUGAGGCAGAUAUCUGAGCCAGUUAUGUCUCAAAGAAUGAGUUAGUUCACAUGUUGACACAAAGUGAUGCCUUUACAAUUUUAUUACAUAAAAAAUGAUUGACUUUUAGGUGUGCCAUCUGUCUGUAUAGUAUCCUGUUCUCUCAGGGCAGAACAUAGUAUCUGACAGAAGGUUUGCAAUGUUCUCAGGGAUGAGGUGCUCGUUUGUUGGAGGAAAUUAAAUUUCUUUGUCUUUGUGUAUAUUUUUACGACGGCGUUUUAGUGCCUAAAAAAUCUAAGAUUACGAGAUUAAAGUCGUAAUAUUUCGAGAAUAAAGUCGUAAUAUUAUGAGAAAGGUUUCGAGAAUAAAGUCGAAAAGUUUCGAGAAUAAAGUCGAAAAGUUUCGAGAAUAAAGUCGAAAAGUUUCGAGAAUAAAGUCGAAAAGUUUCGAGAAUAAAGUCGAAAAGUUUCGAGAAUAAAGUCGAAAAGUUUCGAGAAUAAAGUCGAAAAGUUUCGAGAAUAAAGUCGAAAAGUUUCGAGAAUAAAGUCGAAAAGUUUCGAGAAUAAAGUCGAAAAGUUUCAAGAAUAAAGUCGAAAUGUUUUAAGAAUAAAGUCGAAAUACAAACAGCGAAAUACAAACAAUAUGUAGGCUAUAUUGCAAUAAUGCGUUUGUCAAGCGGCAUGUGAGUCAAUCAUUUUUCCGAUUACAAUAACAAAUGACGAGACGAGAUUAUUAUUUUUUUUCAUGCCUUAUGAUGUUCCUUCACUUUAUAUCUUGCUAUAAACUUGAAAUAAAGAGCAAAAACACAUUUAUAAUUUGUAUUUCGUUAUAAAGCUGACAGAAUUUAAAAAGCUGAACUGUGUGUAAAAGCAACAAAGCACAAAAUUGUUGUGAUUACUGAAUGGCUGGCGCUCUACAAAUAAUGAAUGGAAGACGUUAAAUAUUAUGUCCUCAUUUACAGUAUACCAUGAAUAAAACAGUUUGUGAAUAGUCACUUAAAGUUUACAGCAGAAAAGACAACAAUAUAACGUAUGUUAACAAAUUUGAGUCCACUUCAACCUUUAGAACGUUUUAUUGCGGUUUAAUUAAACAGGCUAUGUGAGGAAUGAAAGUUUGGACGCCACAGACGUUUUUGCGGAGUAGGUGGUGGAAUUUCACAAUAAUUUAAUGAAUUGAUUCACAUAAAUACAGCGAUCUGUCACGCCACAUUAAAGAUCUUGAAAAUCACAUUAUUGUAAGACACAUCAUUUGUGUUUCACUAUAAAACUGAUUUUGAAAGCUGAGACUUUGUUUUAUAUUAAAAGCACAAAGCUUAAGCUAUUGGGUGGCUGGCGCACUACAAAUAACGAAUGCAAUGGAAGACAUGAAAUAUUAUUUCCAAGCAUACUGUCCCCGCGAGUAUGACACAUGGUAUGAUUUCUGCUAAUAAUCCCACAUAUAUUUGUGGUGUAUUAAAAAAAGGGUUUAAUAAGAGAGCUACAGCGCCCCCCAAAGGAAUGUCGAUUGAGUGUGUGAGCUGAUGUUAAGAUAAACAGUAGUUCCUGUUCAGUCUGUUAAUAAAUAUCAUAUUCUUGAUAUUCAGCUGUUUCCGCGAGUCCUUAAAAUUGACAUCCCAGUAAGAUGAUGCGGCCGCUGGACGCAACAAUAUUCAAAUCAAUUCCGGUGGUGUGGCAACUUCUCCCGGUGCUCUCAAUGCGGGCCAUUUGCAUGCGCAAUAUAGGCUAUACUCUCAAAAUAUUAUAACUUUAAUUUCUACUAUUUAAAUUCUCGAAACAUUUAGACUUUAUUCUCGUAGUAUUUCGACUUUAUUCUCGUAAUUUCGACUUUAUUCACGAAAUAUUACGACUUUAAUCUCGUAAUCUUAAGAUUUUUAUUAUUUUUUAAUGAGGCACUAAAACGCCGUCGUAAUAUUUUAGUGUUUCCAGAAUGUUUUUUUUUUUUUUUGGCCAAAACAUUGAACUUUAUCUGUUUUUUUUUUUUUUUACUAUUUACUGUAAAAUUGAUAGGUUUUACUAUCCUUAUUUGUUUUCUUCUUUUUUUAAUACCUUUUAAGAAAUGUAAUUCUGAGUUGGAUGCAGACUAAAUAUCAAAUCAGAAAUCUAUGAAUAAUUAAAGAAAUUUAAAA